CUGUCUGUUUGCGCUACCAAAGCUGACUGACAUUACUUAGUGCAUAUGUACAAAUUGGGAAUUAGUAUUAUAAUCUGCUAAUUAUCGUGAUCAUUUGCGUUGUAGUUGUUGACACAAAAAGGUUCGUCGUCGUUUGGUCUUCAAUAUUAGUAUGCUACGAUCAUCUUUUCUUUGUAAUUCAAAAAAAUGGAAUCUACUGCAAAGACUUGUUCAUUCAGAAGCUAUCACUUAUACUGAGCAUGGCGAUCCAGAACAGGUUUUACGUUUAUCAUCCACUCCAGUACAUCCGUUUGCAAAUGACGAGGUUUUGGUAAAAGUUUACGCGGCCCCUAUUAAUCCAUCGGACAUCAACACGAUACAAGGUACUUAUCCAAUCAAACCAAAACUACCUGCUGUUGCUGGGAAUGAAGGUGCGGGUAAAAUUAUUGCGUGUGGGAAGAACGUGGAUGGUUUCUCCGUAGGUGAUACAGUUAUUCCUUUGGAAUUAGCGUCAGGGACAUGGCAAACAUACUGGUGUGGUAAAGCUGACAGUUUCUUGAAGAUAAAACAUCCCAUCCCGAUAUCUUAUGCUGCAACAUUAGCAAUUAAUCCUAGCACUGCACUUCAUUUACUCAAUAAUUUUGUAGAACUUCACAAGGGCGAUAUUUUAAUUCAAAAUGGUGCGACUAGUGCUGUUGGAAUAUAUGUAAUCCAAAUAGCAAAAAUAUUAGGACUCAAUACAGUGAACCUGUUUCGUGAAAGAGAUACACCUCAAGCCACAGAAGAAACACGUAAUCUUCUUAAAAGUUAUGGAGGUACAUGGUGUCUCACAGAGUCUGAAUACAUGGAACGAGCAAAAGAAAUAGGCCCUUUCAAACUUGCAUUAAACUGCUUAGGGGGGAAACCUGCAUCGAUCUUGGUGAAAAACCUAAGUCAUUCCGGGACUAUGGUUACAUACGGUGGAAUGACACGGAGUCCAAUGCCCUUACCCGUUGGUCCAUUCAUUUUUAAAGAUAUCAGUUUACGCGGUUUUUGGCUGUCUAAUUUUAAUCUACAUCAGUCCACUUCAAAAAGACAACUUACUAUCGACCAAUUAUCAAAAUGGUUUUCUGAAGAUCUCAUUAGACCCUCACCAUUUGAAGAAAUUCCUUUCAAAGAAUGGCGUAAGGCGUUGCAUAUGUCAUUAUUCAGUGAUUCAGCACCAACAAGUAUUAGAAAAAAGUCUGUUUUGAUUAUGGAAUGAUGUACUAAUUUCUAUUGUAAAUUACUGUGUAAAUUGUAAUAUUACUGAGUUAGUUGAUGUUUUGCUUUUUUAUCUCCAGAACUUAAAAUUCUUACUGUUUAAAUCAUACAUAUACACCGACUUGUAAUUACCAUUCUACAAAUAUUUUGACUUUAUUUCAAGAAAAUAAUUUUUAAGAUCACCUUUUUUGUACCUUUACUGAAUAGCGUAUAAAGUAUAUAUUAGAUUAAGGAUUUUGGUUCGUUAAUUUAGAGUUUUUUACCAACCAAAAUAAUAUUUGUUGCCUUCAAAGUGUUUAUAUUCAUUGCUGUUUCAAGUCAAAAAAACAUUGGUUAGCUCUAGGUUUUGACCGAAGUUUAUUGGCCAAUAUAUAUAUAUAUAUAUAUAUA